AUGGAUAUUUUCUAUAAUUCUAUGGAUGGUUGGAAUAUUCUUCUUACUCUUUGGAUACAAAUUAGUAUAAUUAUAAUCUAUGAUUCUUGCUUCUAUUAUGGGUUUUGGAUUUACUACUAUUGUUAUUGGAGAGACCACAUUAAAUAUAGUAAAAUCAAAUGUAAAUUUAUUAAUAAAAAAUCUACUAUGGUGAAUCUAGUAAUGCAGCUUUAAGUGUUGUCAUAGGAUCAGGAAUAUUAGUAGCUUUCAUAUAUUUCAAUGCUUCAAUCCAAAGGUUCUUUUUCCUUCUAUUUAAUUUUGGAUUUAGUGUUGGACUCAUUAUAUCUUUGA